CCUCCUCCUCCCUCGCCCGCCUCUUAUUUUUUCUUUUCUCUCCCCCAAAUCUGAUCCCCUCCCACACGCAACACGCGAGGCCGCGUCUAGGGUUAGGGUUCCCCUCCCCUUCGGCCAUGGACGAGCUCGCGGCGGCGUCGGCGGCGGCGAGGAGGAGGUGGGUGCAGUGGGAGGAGGUCGUGGUGUCGAACGACCGGGGGAGGCGCCUCGUGCACUACUACCUCCGGGGAGCGGCCGCGGGCGGCGGAGGAGGGGGAGAGGUGAGGGAGCUUGCGGUGGUGGGGCGGGAGCGGAGCCCGCGGCACAUGUCGUACGUGGUGCAGGGGCGGUUCCUGCGGUCGCUGGCGGCGGCGGGGGUGGGGGUGGGGGUGGGGGUGGGGGCGGGGGUGGGGGCGGUGGUGGCAGUGCCGUCGCCGUCACGGUCGCCGCUGCCGGCUUCCGCGGAGGGCGGGGCGCCGAGGAAAUGGAGGUCGAGGCGGGAGGUCGUGGACUGGCUGUCCUCCCUCGUUUCCGGAUGUAAUUACGGAUCUUCUUCAAUGUCUAAUAGGUUCAAUGAAAAUCCAUAUGAUGACAUUGAGUUCACUGAUGUUGCUGCUUCAAAGGAUGUUUCACAUACAUCAUCAGUAAGGAAUAACUCAAAAGAGUUCACAUGGUUAGGUCCUGCAUGGCUUUGCGAAAAGCGAUGGAAGCACUACAGAUCUUUCUGCCGUAAGGGGAUUACUAUUUCGGUGCAUAAUUUUGUCUACAUCCUGAGUGAGGAAAAGAAGAGGCUCAUCGCCCAAGUGGAGGAUCUGUAUGAAGAUACUAAUUCAACCAACGUUGUCAUGGUACGAUGGUUCGACAAAGUUGAUGAGGUUGGUGUCGAAUUGCCACCUGAUGUUGGUGACAGAGAGAUUUUCUUUUCCCCUGGUCUGCAAGAUCUCAGUGUUGAAUGCAUUGAUGGAUUGGCUGCAGUCCUGAGUGCUCAACACUUCGAGAAGUUCCAGAGUAGUCCAAAACAUAGCUAUUGGCAGCCUUAUAUUUGUCGCCGACAGAUUGAUGAAGAUGGCGUCAAACCUUUUGAUGUAACCCAAUUGCAAGGUUAUUGGAGUCAAGAAGUGCUUAGGACAAUGUUCAAUGCAGCUUCUUCUCUUAAGGUACGUUUCAAGGUCACUAAAGGUGCUUCUAGUUCAGAUGGGGCACAAAAGAGGAAGCGUGAUGCAUUCAGUGAAACCGAUCCACAGCAGUGUGUUCCUUCCGCUGCAUUCGGUUCUGAUAGUCUCAAGAAUGAUUUGGAACAUAAAACUCAAAAGCAGCUAUAUCCUGGUAGCCGUGCUGAAGUCCUAUCACAGGACAGCGGUAUAAGGGGCUGCUGGUUUAGAUGCUUUGUAUUAAAGAGGCGCGGAGACAAAAUCAAGGUGCGAUAUGAAGAUCUUCAGGAUGCUGAUGAGACAGGAAAUCUGGAGGAGUGGGUUUUGCUAACAAGGAUUGCUAAACCUGAUCAGUUGGGUAUACGCAUCCCUGAAAGACCAAUGGUGCGGCCAUAUCAUGUACAUAGCAAGGAUCCAUGCUCUUUCGAUGCUGGUUCCAUUGUUGAUGCAUGGUGGAAUAGUGGGUGGUGGGAGGGGAUUGUAUUGCAGCAGGGAAAUGACAGACGCCUUCAAGUUUAUUUUCCUGGAGAAAAGCAGAUUGCUGAUUUUUGUGAAGAUGAUUUGAGGCAUUCACGUGAGUGGGCUGGUGGCAAAUGGAAUUCCUUGGGGGAAAGAAAAGAUAUCACACACCUGUUGCCCCCCACUUCAGUUCAUGAAGAGGGAGGUUUGCUUAGCAAACCUGUUUCACAAGAAGGCAAUCCCUCUUCAAAAUUAGAAUCUGACAAGAGGUGUGAUGACAAAUCAUUGGGCACCAAGAUUUCACAUGAUCAGAAGCAUCAGAAGCGUGUUCUGGCUGAUCUCACAAAUGCUCUGAAAUUCGAUAACCUGAAAUGGAGGCCAAGAAAGCGGAGCAGAAGAUCUGGUUCCAAAAGGCAGUCAGACACUAGCAGUGGCAGUGGCAGCAGCAGCCAGGGCGACAUGGAGGAGUCCAGCCCCUGCGGAAGUUUUGCAGUGCUUAAUUCAGCGCCCGAUGAAGAAGUAUGCAAGAGCAGUGGAGAACCUCUUUUCAUGAGGGUUUCCAACCUGGUGAUGUCCAGAUGAAGUCACUCCACGACUGACAUGUUUUAGCCUUUUCUUUCCGGAUUUCAACAGCCUUGGCGAGAUGUGAGUUUGAUGCAUCCCCAGGUUAUUUAGUCACAACUCACAACUGGUAUCCUGAUCAUCUUGAGAGCUCUGAAUGCUUAUUCGCUCGGAUGUCCAGGAUGCAAGCAUGGAGGAGCACACUGUUGUAUUUAUGACUGAUCUAGAUGAGUUUUACCAUUUUGUCUCACUUUAGGGUCUUGUAGGGUGUUUUAACCGUCUUGUUGUUUAGUUGGUGUUACAAAGAUAGCUGGCUCAUUCCACCUCGGCAGUUUCCAGAGUCCCUUUUUUGUCUUUGUUUCAGCAGUCCAAUAUCCAAUUUAAUUUGUUCAUCAGCUGUUAUAGAUGUUCUUAUAGUAUACUCUCUGAAAUGAUAAUAUUUACAUCGUCAUACGAGUUUUUUGUUCUUCUGCC